AUGCCAUACCAGUUAAAAAACGCCCAAGAGGUGAAAACAAAGGGCAGACAUGACAAGCGAAGUCAUAGCACAGAUAACCAAAGUGGCCAUUUUGAGCAACUCAGGGAAGGGCGUUUUUCAUACCACGAAGCCAGUUUAAGAUGGCUCGCCAUGUUCGCCUUAACUAUUAGAAUAUCGGACAUUCAGAAGGAACUCAGCAGCAAAUGGAAAAGCUUAUCGGAGGAGGAGAGAAAGGUGUAUGAGGAGCAGGCACAACUGCUGAAGCUAAAGUAUAACGAAGAGCUCCUCGAUUGGCAAAAAUCUGGAAACGCAGACGCAGCAGGAGACACCGGCAUAAUUAGCACGUCCAAAUUUCCUGUUGCUAAAAUUCAGAAAAUUAUGCACCUAAAUAGCAGCGUCAGGAAGAUAAACAAUGAAGCCAUUAAUGUUUUCCAAAAGGCCAUGAUUAUGUUUCUAAUUGAACUGGUGAACAAAACCAUUGAAUUCAAAAAUGAGAAGAACACGUCCAAAUUUAUCACAUCCCUCGACAUAAAUUGCCUUUAUCUACUGAAGGAUCAAAGCAUAAAUACAUUCUUUGUUGAGGAGGAAGAAAACGACGAAUCCCUAUUUGACCUAUGUGAUGAAGACAAAAAGGAAUACAACUACGAUGUUGAAGAAAAGAAACUCAGUAAAAUGAAGCGAAAGGCACAGGGAAACAGGGCCAGGGAAAAAACAACAGAAAAUAGAAACAUAUAUGCUGACAUAACGACGUAUUUUAAGAAGGCUUGA